CGCUAUCCUGUAAAUCGACACAUAAAUUAUAUUCUCUUCUCUUGGCCAGUGGUUUGUGGUCUAACGGGAUAAAACUUGCAGCCUUAUUAGGAUGUUCUAGGAUAAUGUGCUUUUUGGGAAAUUAACGAUUAAUAUUCAUUCUCUGAACAAUAUUUUAUGGAAUAGCUAAAUGCCAGGAAAUUUUGAAUAGAAACGUGUCCUAUAAAAGACGUCUGUGCAUUAACUGGCGCAUUCUACAUGCCAGGACUUAUCCAAGACAACCGUUCUAAGCAUUUCAAGUCAUUUACCUCCCUUAACGCGGGGAGGUGAGGGGAGACGCCGGGUCUCGCCAGUAGAGGGCGCGCGUCCGUCCUUUCCGCCGGCUCCGACCCACCGAGGCUUCCAGGCUCCCACGCUCGCUCCCGAGCGCGUACCCGCUCUCCGCGUCACGUGACGCGGCCGCGGACCCUGAGCUGCCAGGCCUGAACCGAGCUAAAUUCGUUGCCGGUGGGCACUGCGGAAGCAACCACAAGGGCUAAUCCGAACGAGUGGGGGAGGUCUGUGGGCCGAUGCUUCCUCUUCCAAGUCAGGUCGGCUCCAGUUACCUCCUCACCAUUCGCCGUUCCCAUCUCCCGGAGCGCUUGCAUGAGCUCUUUCGCGUGGGGAAGCUCCGGUGACCAUGUAGGGGGAAAGAGUGAGGCAGCUCCGGGUGCUCGGGACGAGGCCAGCGCUGUCGGCACGCCGCCGCGGCGCCCACCACAUCCCCGGUGCGGGCCGCGGGGCCCGUGGGCCCAGGUGGGAACUGCGGCCUCCGCGGGCGGCCUGGCUGCGAGCGCCACGAAUUCUCGCGUCGUCUCGCGAGAGUCUAAGUUGAAGGAACAUGGCGACGUCUAAUCUGUUAAAGAAUAAAGGUUCUCUUCAGUUUGAAGACAAAUGGGAUUUCAUGCGCCCAAUUGUUUUGAAGCUUUUACGCCAGGAAUCUGUUACAAAACAGCAGUGGUUUGAUCUGUUUUCGGAUGUGCAUGCAGUUUGUCUCUGGGAUGAUAAAGGCCCCGCAAAAAUCCAUCAGGCUUUAAAAGAAGACAUUCUUGAGUUUAUUAAGCAAGCACAAGCACGAGUACUGAGCCAUCAAGAUGAUACAGCUUUGCUAAAAGCAUAUAUUGUUGAAUGGAGAAAAUUCUUUACGCAAUGUGAUAUUUUACCGAAACCUUUUUGUCAACUAGAGAUUACUUUAAUGGGUAAACAGGGCAGCAAUAAAAAAUCAAAUGUGGAAGACAGUAUUGUUCGAAAGCUUAUGCUUGAUACAUGGAAUGAGUCAAUCUUUUCAAAUAUAAAGAACAGACUCCAAGAUAGUGCAAUGAAAUUGGUACAUGCUGAAAGACUGGGAGAAGCUUUUGAUUCUCAGCUGGUCAUUGGAGUAAGAGAAUCCUAUGUUAACCUUUGUUCUAAUCCUGAGGAUAAGCUUCAAAUUUAUAGGGACAAUUUUGAGAAGGCAUACUUGGAUUCAACAGAGAGAUUUUAUAGAACACAGGCACCCUCGUAUUUACAACAAAAUGGUGUACAGAAUUAUAUGAAAUAUGCAGAUGCUAAAUUAAAAGAAGAAGAAAAACGAGCACUACGUUAUUUAGAAACAAGACGAGAAUGUAACUCUGUUGAAGCACUCAUGGAAUGCUGUGUAAAUGCCCUGGUGACAUCAUUUAAGGAGACUAUCUUAGCCGAAUGCCAAGGCAUGAUCAAGCGAAAUGAAACUGAAAAAUUACAUUUAAUGUUUUCAUUGAUGGACAAAGUUCCCAAUGGGAUAGAGCCAAUGUUGAAAGACUUGGAGGAGCAUAUCAUUAGUGCUGGCCUGGCAGAUAUGGUAGCAGCUGCUGAAACUAUUACUACUGACUCUGAGAAAUAUGUUGAGCAGUUACUUACACUAUUUAAUAGAUUCAGUAAACUCGUCAAAGAAGCUUUUCAAGAUGAUCCACGAUUUCUUACGGCAAGAGAUAAGGCAUAUAAAGCAGUUGUUAAUGAUGCUACCAUAUUUAAACUUGAAUUACCUUUGAAGCAGAAGGGAGAAGAAGCAGCAAUUGAGAAUCUAAGUUUGGCAAAGCUCUUGGUACUUAAAUAUGUACAAAACAAAGAUGUUUUUAUGAGAUAUCACAAAGCUCAUUUGACACGACGUCUUAUAUUAGACAUCUCUGCUGAUAGUGAAAUUGAAGAAAAUAUGGUAGAGUGGCUAAGAGAAGUGGGUAUGCCAGCAGAUUAUGUAAAUAAGCUUGCUAGAAUGUUUCAGGACAUAAAAGUAUCUGAAGAUUUGAACCAAGCUUUUAAGGAAAUGCACAAAAAUAAUAAAUUGGCUUUACCAGCUGAUUCAGUUAAUAUAAAAAUUCUGAAUGCUGGUGCCUGGUCAAGAAGUUCUGAAAAAGUCUUUGUCUCACUUCCUACUGAACUGGAGGACUUGAUACCUGAAGUAGAAGAAUUCUACAAAAAAAAUCAUAGCGGUAGAAAAUUACAUUGGCAUCAUCUCAUGUCAAAUGGAAUUAUAACAUUUAAGAAUGAAGUAGGUCAAUAUGAUUUGGAGGUAACCACGUUUCAGCUGGCUGUAUUGUUUGCAUGGAACCAAAGACCUAGAGAGAAAAUCAGCUUUGAAAAUCUCAAACUUGCAACUGAACUCCCUGAUGCUGAGCUCAGAAGGACUUUAUGGUCUUUAGUGGCUUUCCCAAAGCUCAAACGGCAAGUUUUAUUGUAUGAACCUCAAGUCAACUCACCCAAAGACUUCACAGAAGGUACCCUCUUCUCAGUGAACCAGGAGUUCAGUUUAAUAAAAAAUGCAAAAGUUCAGAAAAGGGGUAAAAUCAACUUGAUUGGACGCUUGCAGCUCACGACAGAAAGGAUGAGAGAAGAAGAGAAUGAAGGGAUAGUCCAGCUAAGAAUAUUAAGAACACAGGAAGCUAUCAUACAAAUAAUGAAAAUGAGAAAGAAAAUUAGUAAUGCUCAGCUGCAGACUGAAUUAGUAGAAAUUUUGAAAAACAUGUUCUUGCCACAAAAGAAAAUGAUAAAAGAGCAGAUAGAGUGGCUGAUAGAGCACAAGUACAUCAGAAGAGAUGAGUCCGAUAUCAACACCUUCAUUUACAUGGCGUAACCUUGAAUAUCAUCGACAAUAUUAAGAACCCAAAUUUUGGAGUGCUUGGGCAGAAAGUUCUAACAGUUUGUGCUGGAGAAAGGUUUAUUUGGACUUUGAUUACAUAAAUAAUCUCUGCCUUACCUUACACAACAACUCUGUUUUGCCAAUCACAUUAGUUAGCAUGGUGGCGUUCCCUUCAUGUUGCACACUCUUUAACAGCAUGCUGUUUUGUGGAGAAACUUGCAUUCAUGAAGAGCCCUUUAUGAACUUUUAAAAGUAAAUUUGAUUUAUACCCACCGGGAGAAAUACAGUUGGGAAGGGUGAGGGCGGGGUUCUUGUUGCUUUCUUUCCUUUUUUUUCCUCUCUUAGAAAAAUGUACUUGCACAAGGAAGGAUUUUCAGAUAUUCAUGCACUGAAAAAUACUGUUAUCUUUUGUUCUUAAACAAUGCAAUUAAAACUAGAAAUAGCACUGUUGGUUUCUUUUAAUGAUAAAAGUAAGCUGAUCAGUGCAACAUUGGGGAAGCGCAGAUACAGGCGAGAAGUAUUUAAGAGUAUCAAAUUGUUUGUUCAAACACUGCUUCAGUAUAAUAACUGGAUUUUAAUGGUGACCUAAAAAUGGUAUUAAAUAUUUCUAACUUACAAAUGUUGGGUUUCUUUAAGCAGGAGACUGCUAUUUUAGCUGUUUGUUGUUAAAUGAUGAGAUGUUUUUUUUUGUUUUGUUUUUUAAAUCUUACACGGCUGGACAGCUUGUUUUGAAAAAGUGAAGCUUAUGUUAAUUGUUGCUUCAACUGUUUAAAAAAAAUUUAUGGAGAUAGCUAGGUCAUUAUGAUUGCAGAGUCAAAAUAGCAAAACAAAAAUAUUAAGUGUUUAUUAACACACUUAAUAUUUAUAUACCUAAUAUUUAUUAUGCAUAUCUAAAUUUAUUAAAAACAAUGCAGAGAUCUCCUGCUCUGCUAUAAUACAGUUAUGUAACUGAUCUCUUCAUCUGUAGUGUAGAACUAUUUUGGUAUUUUGAAGUCUCAUGAUUAAGGAUAUACAGCCUCAGGUUUCUGGAAAGAAAGACAUUUCUCUUUUAAAAGGUCAUAAUUAAGUUAUCAGUCACCUAGAAGGAAGAGAAAAAACAUAAGACCUGAAAAGCAUAAGCAAAAUUGCUGCAAUCUUCCUAUGAGCAGUAAACUUGCCAAAUAUAUGUACAUAUAUAUUUAUAUAUUUUAAAAAUAAACAUUUUUAAAAUGUUCAGAAGGCAACAUUUACCAUGUUCCUUUCAGUCAAUCCAAAGUAGCAACUUACUAGUUGCUGGCAACUGAAUAACCCAGAGUAGUAGAAAUUUUAAGACUUGAGGACUUGAACAAUUUAAAAGAGAACAAUUUAUUCCCCAUUGGGAAACAACGCCUCAACAUGGAUUUUUACUCAUUGUGGUGCACGUUUCAAAUUUUCUUGCAAAUUAUUUUAUAUCUUGUUUGAUGUUAAGUAAUACUUCUUAAGUAUGGUUUUGAAGAUAGUAGGAAAAUGGAGUGCGGCGAGGCAUUCAGUAUUACAUUACAGCAGAGUGCUUCUAGGAACAUUGUGUAGAAUCAUAACCAACCUCAAGAGGCUUUGUGAACUGCCUGCUAGAAAGGAAAAUAAGUUUAAAACAUGUAAGGUUUUGCUGAUUACAGCUAUAUACCUGGUCUGAAACUCAUAGGAAAUUGGAAUUUGGUUUAUAAUUUAAAAUCUUAAUGCAUCUUUAAAGUAGCAUAUGUCAAUUAUUAGAACAAGCAUAUUGUGAUGAAUUAAACUAAAAUUAGUGCUCACUGUCUUCUCUAAUUAGAUGACUGCUAACAAUGGGUAAAUUUGAAAUUAGAAGAGAGUUUUAUAGUGAUAGUGGUCCUUGUGUCUGACAGAUAGUUUGGUGUUGGCGUAUCUGCUUGUUUCGCUACAAGAAUGCCAAAGGAAGAAACAAUGGGAGGAACAAUUACAGGCCAUUUUUUAAAAUUUAGAAUUUGUUGUUUUAAACCAUAAUUGUUCUCAGUAGUCUUUGGAAUUUCUAAUCUUUUUGGUCAUUUAAGAAUGAGAGCCAUGAUGUUUUGAUUUAUAAAGGCAAAUUUAAUGCAAAAGUGGGUAACACUAAAUCCAUAGUGAAGUUUUCUAUUAAAUUUUAUAACUUUUUUAAUAGCUAAUUAUGUCCUAAUUGUAUUUUGGGGAUUGAAUAGCAGCAAAUACUGUAACCUUACAGUUUUCAUCACUUUUUUUGUUACAUAUACAAAAGUUUAACUACUUUUUGGUGUUUAUGGAAAACCAAUUUAGUUGACAAGGUGCCUAUCUUAUUGAAUUUUCUUUUAAUAUUUUGACAAUAGAUUUGCUAAUUAAAUAAAAAAAGAAUGAAAAUAUUACCAGCAGUUUGCUAAAGGUACAGAAUCACAGUUAGUAUCCUUUAUCAGGUCCCUUGUCUCCAAAUGUGCACUUAAAAUUAGUGCUAAAUGAGCAGGGAGGAAGCCUGACAUAGUUAAGGGAAAAGAAAACACUCCCCCUAAAAUAUACAUACAUAUAUAUUUAAUUUUUUAUGAUUAAUAUGGCAAUAGGAUACUUCACAGGUUAACUUAAGCUUUGAACACUCAUCUAAUUUAAAGAUGGAUGUGUCUGGAAAACAUUAACCUUUGUUGCCAUCUCAUUGCCAGAAUAAGUAGACAUGAAACGAAGUGAAAAUAUGUAACAAUUUCGAUGCUUACUAUGGAAUAAACAUUAGAACAUUACUGCUCCAGUGAUUUAAUGAGGAUCUUGAAAUAAAUUCUGAAGUCUUCCGAUUUUUACAUGUAUUAGAGGGGUCCCUGAAUUCUUUCAACUUGUUUAAGUCUCUUGCUCUUAUUUUGUGCAUAAAUGUUAAAAUUUCCAAAAUGAAAUGUUAGUUUUUCUUACUUUUACUUUUUAUUAAACUUAAUACAAAAUACAACCUGAGUAGUUAAAAAGUAUUUUGCAUUAUUUGCAGUAGGAUGUCAUUAGCGCUGCUCAAGGGGCAAAUUUUAAAACUUCAAUUUGGGUGAAAGAUUUGCUAGUUUUACAGAAAGAUUUGCUAUCUUAAACUCAAGCUUGUUUUUCUAUUUUCAUGUAAAUGACUGGGAUGCUGUCUUAUAAAUUCUUCCAAGGUCAUGUUUGUGAAAUAAACAUCACAUGAGAGCUUUCCUGUCAUCGACACCAUAUGCCGUCUGGAGUGUUGAACAAAUUUGAGUUCCUAAGUUGUCAUCUAUCUUCACAUGGUCUCUACGAUUUUGAAUGUUGCCACUACAUACUGAGAUGAUAAUGCUGUACAAUUUUAAAUGGUAGCAGUUUCUGUAUGCAGUAGGCUGAAAUAUUUUGAUGAACUGCUUAAUUUUUGGAUUUUAUUUUUUAAGUUGUAUAAUUUAUUUUCUUGCAAAAUAAAAAUGUAAUAUAAAAGCUUU